UUGGAGGAACAUGUACAAAAAGGAAAUAGAAGUGUGGUUGUUUAGCUUUAAUGAGGACGUGCUGUGUGUCAUUAAACGUCAGGCUCAGGUGUGUGAAGCAGCUGUGCGGUUGAAGCAUAUAUGUGUCGCUCCUGAUGUGAUUGUUAAACCGAGCUCGACACAGUCUGGGUCAGAACAUCGGACCCCGAACACUUCACAUCGUUACAGUUGAGUCAACAUCUCAGAGUCUGGCAUGAUGAAAUCUACUCACCCGAGGGCCAGCUGAUCUUUAAUCUGUGGCGUUUCAGUUGUGAGAAGCUGCUCAUCAGUUGGCUGAUAAGUAGAUAACAGAUGAAGAGGAAACAGCAGUUUAUUAGCAGAGAGCUGAAGAGUCGGACAGACCGAGAGGAGACGGACGUGGACCUGACAUGGAUCACCUGCUGCUGGUUCUGCUGCUGCUGUGGGGCUCAGGUGUUCACUGUGAAACAGCCAAAGUUGACCUUGUGAUGUUGGUGGAUGAGUCUGGGAGCAUCAGCAGAAAUGACUUUGAUAAAAUUCAAACGUUUCUUGUUGCCAUCGUCAACAGCCUCAACAUCGGCCCCGAUGCAGUCCAGAUCGGUCUGACUUUGUUCAGUACCAAAGCAAGGACAGCGUGGCACCUGAACACCCACCAGACCAAACACACCCUGCUGAGGGCCAUAGAAGAACUAGAACGAACUGGUGGAAGCACCAAGACAGGAAAAGCUCUGGAGCACAUCCUCCAUAACCAGUUUAAACCCAGUGUGGGAAUGCGCCCAGACUCCAGAAGGAUUGCCGUUCUGAUCACAGACGGGGAAUCACAGGAUAAAGUACUCCUGCCUUCAAAGAACCUGAAACACAAUGACAUCGAGGUCUAUGCUAUUGGUGUGCAGGGUGCCAGAGAGAGUGAGCUAAAGGUCAUCGCCUCUGAUAAUGACCACGUGUACUUUAUCAAGGAUUUCAAGUCCCUUAAUGGUAUCAUCAGAAAUAUCACCAUCGACCUCUCAAAAGGUUCAAAUAACUUAGCGGUUACCACAGUGGAUCAUCUGACUUCGUCUGAGCCUAUCCGUUGCAUUCCCGACCAAUCUGAUGCUCAGUGUGAAACAGCCAAAGCUGACCUAGUGAUACUGGUGGAUGAGUCUGGGAGCAUCACUCUUCAGGACUUCAGAAUCAUUCGGUCGUUUCUCAAGCACUUUGUCAACAACCUUGACAUCGGUCUGGAUCGAGUCCAGAUCGGUCUGACUUUGUUCAGUACCACACCAAGGACUAUGUGGCACCUGAACACCCACCAGACCAAAGAAUCCCUGCUGAGGGCCAUAGAAGACCUAGAAAAAGGGCGUGGAAGCACUUACACAGGAAAAGCUCUGACACACAUCCUCCGUAACCAGUUCAAACCCAAUGUGGGAAUGCGUCCAGACUCCAAAAAAAUUGCUGUUAUGAUCACAGAUGGGGCGUCUUAUGAUGACAUAGAACUUCCCUCAAAGAAUUUGAAAGACAGCGGCAUUGAAGUCUUUGUUAUUGGUGUUGCAAAAGUCAAUGUGACUCAGCUGAAGUUGAUCAACUCUGAUCAGAAUAAAAUUUACAUAGUCAAAAACUUUGACACUCUCCAGGACAUUGUCGUCGAACUCAUUAUCAACUUCUUUAAAAGUGUUAAAAGUUUAGACUCUGUCAGGCUGCUGAAUGGUUCCAGUCUGUGUUCAGGCAGACUGCAGGUGAAGUCUAACCAGAGAUGGUCCUCAGUGUGUGAAGAUGACUUUGACCUGCAGGAUGCAGAGGUGAUCUGCAGGGAGCUUGGCUGUGGGCCUCCUUUGCACCUCCAGGGGGCGCUCUAUGGAGAAGUGGAGGCUCCAGUGUGGAGCAGAGAGUUCCAGUGUGGAGGCCAUGAGUCUGCUCUCCUGGACUGUAGAAGCUCAGGCUCAGUGAGAAGCAGCUGCUCACCUGGCAAAGCUGCUGGACUCACCUGCUCAGAGCCUGUCAGGUUGGUGGGAGGAGCCAGUCACUGUGCAGGUACGCUGGAGGUGAGACGAGGAGAGUGGAGACCAGUGGCGAUGGAAAUCUGGAACCUGAAGGAUGCAGCUGCUGUCUGUGGACAGAUGAACUGUGGUUCUGCUGUUUCUGUAGGAAAUACACAGAGUUCUUCACAGAGGUCGGUGUGGUGGGUGGAGUCACUCUGUGUUCAGGCUGGAUAUGCUCUGAAAGAGUGCGCAUCAGCAGAUCACUCUUCCUCCACCCUUGAUAUCACCUGUUCAGACUCUGUCAGGCUGCUGAAUGGUUCCAGUCUGUGUUCAGGCAGACUGCAGGUGAAGUCUAACCAGAGAUGGUCCUCAGUGUGUGAAGAUGACUUUGACCUGCAGGAUGCAGAGGUGGGCUGCAGGGAGCUUGGCUGUGGGCCUCCUUCGCUCCUCCAGGGGGCGCUCUAUGGAGAAGUGGAGGCUCCGGUGUGGAGCAGAGAGUUCCAGUGUGGAGGCCAUGAGUCUGCUCUCCUGGACUGUAGAAGCUCAGGCUCAGCUAGAAGCAGCUGCUCACCUGGCAAAGCUGCUGGACUCACCUGCUCAGAGCCUGUCAGGUUGGUGGGAGGAGCCAGUCGCUGUGCAGGUACGCUGGAGGUGAAACAGGGACUGUGGAGAUCUGUGGAGGCCUCAGGCUGGACCCUGAUGGAUGCAGCUGUAGCCUGCAGAGAGCUGGACUGUGGCUCUGCUGUUUUAACAGGAAGCAGAAAUGCAUCCUGGGAUGGACCAACGUGGAAGAUCAAACCUGCCUGUGUUAAAUCUGGAUCUACACUGAGGGAGUGUGCCACAUCAUCCCAGUCACCCACCGUCCUGGAGCUCAUCUGCUCAGACCUGCUGGUUCAGCCAAUCAUCUCAGCGUCCUUCUCGUCCAAUGACGGGGACUCCCAGGUCCAGCAGCAGGAGUCUUCUUGGGUGUUAAAAGGCUCCAGCUUCACCAUCAGCUGCUCCAUCCAGCCUCAGUACCCAGGAGGCUCUUUCCAGCUCACCUUCACCUCCUCCAACACCACCAGCAACUACACCCAGCCAGCUGUCAAUCACUCUGCCCACUUCCUGUUCCCUGCUGCAGAGCCCGCCCACCAAGGAACCUACAGCUGUGUUUAUCGCGUCUUCGUGUUUUCUCGUAACUUCUCCUCUGAGAGCCGUCAGCUGUCUCUCACUGUCUCAGAUCCAACAGUGUUUGUCAUCAGACUGCUGCUCCUGCUGCUGAGCCUGCUGCUCUUCAUCUCUGCCGUCUGUUUCAGCCAUAAGGUCACCGGGAGGCAGGAGCCCCGCCCACCAGAGGACCAGGAGCUGGAUGGUUAAAGCUGGCAGUGUCCAGAAAAGCAGGCAGCUCAGCAGCGCCUCCACAUGGUGGAGGAAGUGUUUGCAUCCUUCACCACAGUGUGAACAUGAAGUACAACCACAGUAUUCUGUAUAUUACAUCAUCAGGUCAUGUGUUACUCCUGUAUUAAAGUGUGAGCAUUAAUACUCGUUUAUAUUUACUACUUCCAGCUUCUUCCAGUCCUGUUUGUAUCCCUAAAAUAAUGACUGCAGCUAAUCAUCACUGAUCGAUCAACAUAUGACUGUUUCAUAAAUAAUUGAUUGAUCAGAUUGUCAAAAUUCUCCAAACAGUGAAAAAUAUUUUGUGUAUUUUGGCUCUGCUCUGUGACCUUUGACCCUCCCGUGUGCAGCUGCAGACUGUCUCACCUGUCCUCUGCUUCCAGCUGGGGACAGGUGAGACAUUUUAAGUGAAGUUGGUCGCCUUCUUGCUCCGACCUGUUUUUUCCUGUUUCCUUCUUUGCUCCUCAGUUUAGUUUCUUGGUUUCAGGUUAGUUUCCUCCUCUGGUGGAUUUCCAGGAUCUCCUGUUCUUCAGCGUCUUCUGUUCAGAUUGUUUUGAUCAAUAAAGCUUCUUUUGUAUGC